AUGGAGCAAUUUUAAGAAUGUAAGUGUAUUUCUUUAUUGAAAAGGGAUUAAUUUAUGUAUUCUGAUUCAAAUUCUGAAUUAUUGAAUAAUUUUGAUCAAAUCAAGUAUCUUAAGUUUGAAGGUCAAUACGGACAAAAUAAUAGAAAAUCUGGAAAAUGGAAAACCAUAUGGCAUGGAGAAUUGCUUAAAGGAUUAGGUGGUUACUAUGAAAAUGGUUUAAGGGUAGGUUUAUGGAAUGAAUUAAUUCAGAAUUAUUAGAAGUAAAAUUGUUAUCUAGUAAAAAACUCUAGUCUAGCUUAAGUACAUGAAAAUGGAAAAUACUUAAAUGGUUAAAAAUAUGGAAUGUGGAAAUAUAUCUAUAAAAAUAGAAAUAUGUAAGAUAAAUUAUUAAUUAAUUAGUGGAGGAGGAUUAUACAAUGAAUAAUUUAAAAAAAAUGGGAAAUGGAUAGAAUUGAGCAAGGGUUUUUGUGAUAUGUCUUAAGUAACAUAUAAAGGGGAAUAUCAAGAUGGUAAAAAAGUAGGCAUAUGGGACAUUCUUUUUCUCCAAGAGUUGAUGUAAACUAUUAAAAAAAUAUAAUGCUAUAGAGGUGGCGGAUUAUAUGACAAUAAUGGCUAUAAGUCAGAGAAGUGGAUCGAAGUGAACGAAAGGUUUUCAGGCUAGUCGUAAAUUAUAUACAAAGGUCAAUACAAAAACGGUACGCCAGUGGGAAUAUGGGAAACUUGGAAUAAAAGAGAAUAUAUGAGGGAAUUCUAAAAGAUGUAAGAUUUAAAUAAAAUAAAGUAAAUUUAUUUAGAUGUGGCGGGUAAUAUGAUGAAGGAGGUGAAGGUAAAAAGAUUGGGAAAUGGAUUGAGUUUAAUGACGUGUUAAACGAGGAUUCAUUAGUCUCUUAUAGUGGCUAAUAUAAAAAUGGAAAUAAAGCUGGUAGAUGGGAUAUUUUGUUUGAAGAAGAAGAGAUGUAAACAUUAAUAAGUCUAUAUGUUUUAGCGGAGGGGGAUCAUAUGAUGAAGAUGGUAAAGGUGUUAAGCUUGGUAAGUGGAUAGAAAUUUGCGAUAAAUAUGAUAAAUAGACUCAAGUCUCUUAUAGUGGUAAAUAUAUAAACGGAAAUAAAGCUGGUAGAUGGAAUAUUUUGUUUGAAGAAGAAGAGAUGUAAAACAUUAAUAAGUCUAUAUGUUUUAGCGGAGGGGGAUCAUAUGAUGAAGAAGGUAAAGGUGUUAAGCUUGGUUAGUGGAUUGAAUUAGAUGAUGAGUUUUGGAGCGAAUCGAAAUUAGUUUAUAAUGGCUCAUAUAAAAAUGGCAAUAAAAUAGGUCGAUGGAAUAUUGAGUAUGAAUAUGAAUAAAUGUAAAAUUUGAAGAAUAAUAUAAUUUUAGUGGGGGUGGAUCAUAUGAUCAAGAAGGAGAAGGUUUGAAGGUUGGAAAAUGGAUUGAAUUAAGCGAUAGCUUUAACGGCUGUUCUGAAGUCGCCUAUGUUGGUGAAUAUAAAAAUGGUAUUAAAGUAAGUAGAUGGGAUAUUGAAUAUAAGGGAAAAAAAAUGUAAAAGUUAAGCAUAUAAAGGGAUUAGUGGGGGUGGAUCUUAUGAUGAAAGAGGUGAAGGUAUUAAAAUUGGAAACUGGGUGGAAGUAAUUGAUGGAUUUAGUUUGGGUUCUGAAAUCACUUAUGAAGGCUAAUAUAAAAAUGGAAUAAAAGUUGGCAAAUGGGUAGAAAUGAAUAUGAGAAAUAAUUAGCAACCUAAAGAAAAGAUUUAUGAAGAUUGA